AUGCAUUGGGUCCAAAGCUUUAAGGACAUCUUUAUACCUUUGCCCCCACCAAAGUCACUGACCCUUGACACAGCAUCGAUAUAUGUCCCCCAGGAUCCUCACAUGUUCCCGAAGGAGAACGACAACGAGUCGGAAACAAAGUCAAUUUCCGACACGUCGACGCUUGUUUCGCAGACGCAGAGAAGAUUGAAGAACAGACAUGUUCAACUCAUUGGUAUAUCUGGUGUCAUUGGUACAGCUCUUUUCGUCGCCAUUGGUAACGGUUUGCAAAUGGGUCCAGGUAAUUUGUUGAUUGCAUUUGCACUUUGGUGCAUCCCCAUUUUGUGUAUCACGGUGAGCACCGCUGAAAUGGUUUGCUAUCUACCAAUUAGUUCACCUUUUAUUAGAAUGGCUGGCCGUUGUUGUGACGAUGCCUUUGAAUUCAUGGGUGGUUGGAAUUUCUGGUUCUUAGAGUGCGUUCAGAUUCCCUUUGAAAUCGUUGCCGUGAACAGAAUUAUUCACUACUGGAGAGAUGACUAUUCCGCAGCUAUAACCCUCUCUAUCCAAACACUCAUGUACUUCCUCAUUUCUAUAUUUGCAGUGAAGAUAUAUGGAGAAACCGAAUUUUGGCUUGCUAUUGGUAAGAUUCUGUUGGCCGUUGGACUCAUGCUUUUCACGUUUAUCACCAUGGUUGGCGGUAACCCACAACACGAUGCAUUUGGUUUCAGAUAUUGGAGGGACCCAGGAUCCUUUACAACGUAUCUAUCAUCCGGUUCAUUAGGUUAUUUUAGAGCAUUCUUGCAAUGUUUAAUCAGAGCUUCGUUCACCAUUGCAGGUCCAGACUACCUCUCAAUGGUUGCAGGCGAAACUGUGCUUCCAAGAUCAUCAACGUUACCAAGAGCCUUUAAACAAAUCUUUUACAGAUUGACAUUUCUCUUCCUUGGUGGGUGUAUCUGUGUCGGUGUUCUUGUUCCAUACAAUUCCCCACAGUUGGAUGCUGCCAUUAGCGAUGGAUUACCAGGUGCCGGUGCUUCACCAUAUGUCAUCGCUAUGAACAAUAUGGGAAUCAAUGUUCUUCCAGACAUCGUGAAUGGUGCUCUUGUCGCUUCUGCCUUUAGUGCAGGUAACGCAUACACGUACUGUUCUAGUCGUACGCUUUAUGGAUUGGCACUUGAUCACAAGGCCCCAUGGAUCUUUACAUACUGCAACAAAUCAGGUGUUCCAAUUCUUGCGGUGUUAGCAUCUCUUUCGUGGGCCUUCAUCUCUUUCUUGCAGCUGAACAACGGAUCCGCAGUUGUGUUGGAUUGGCUCAUUAACUUAAUCACUGGUUGUCAGCUGUUCAACUUUUGUGUCAUGUCCAUUACCUACGUCUUCUUCUUGAAAGCUGUAAACGCACAAGGCAUAGACAGAAACGGGUUUACCUUUAAGAGUUGGUUCCAGCCUUAUACCGCACUGCUCGGGUUUGCAUCCGCAUUUAUCAUGAUGUGGGUCAACGGAUAUAGCGUUUUCACCAAGGGAAACUGGAACUACGAGGACUUUCUAUUCAACUACCUCAUCAUCUUUGUUGAUUUUGGGCUGUUUAUCUUUUGGAAAGUGAUCAAGAGAACCAAAUGGAGAAACCCGGCGGAAGUUGAUCUCAUUACCGGGUUGAAAGAGAUUGAAGAUCACGAGCGAGAGUACACAGCUAUGCUCGAACAGAGAAAGCUUGAGCAUCCAGCGUCAAAGAAACGUCAGAUCUUGGAUGCUAUUCUUUCUAUCCUUGUCGGUAAGGAUUGAAGACCUAAUUCUGAAAAGGCUCCGCUGUCGGAACGUGUGCACGGGAGGCGGUUUAAAGCAAACAAGACAUACAGCACGCGACCAAUGCUUGUGAACUUCCGGCAACUCAGCUGCCGUGGCGGUGGACUUUUCAUGUGUCGUAUAUAGGAGUUUGGGGUAUCUGUUUUAUAUUUAUUUAUUUGUCUAUUAGACACACAUUCUCUGUUGU